GAACAGCGCUUUGAGCAGUUUAAGAACCACCAGAGUGUUUAACAGUGUGUGUGUGUCUAACUCAUUUUGCGGCAGUCGGUCGGAUCUUCAUGCUAAAGUCAUCAGGAAUGACUGUAACUCCGGUACGAAUGGCGAUGACCAGCCCGACGGUGCCCCUGCAGCAGAAGAGCAACUCGCGGAUCAGCAACUUCAGCGUGGCGUCCUUGCUGGCGGACACGCGGCCCAAAACGCCGACCCACCAGCUCCAUGGGCUGAUCAGCACCGCCCUUACCUCCCCGACCCACAGUCCAAUCAGUCCACUGAUCGCGCAGCAGCACGGACUGCCGUCGGGGACGACGACGACUACGACGACGGCGUCAUCGGCGACGACGAUGACCCCGAUGACGACACCGACUCCGUUGCCGGGCCGAUCGCCCGAGCUGCCGGCCAACCUGUCGUCCUCGCACCUCCGCGGUUCCUGCUCGCCCCGCUCCCAGCCCGACGCCAGCUCGGCCAAGACGGCGGACGGGACGGAGGGAGACGUGACGGGGCGGGACACGCCGCACAGUUUGCUCGAGUCGGACGACUACGACUCGCACCACGAUGACGAGGAAGAGGACUCGAUCGUCGACAUCGAGGACAUGGAUCACGAGCUGAGCGGAAGCGGCAAGGGCAGCGGCUCACCCGGCUCCCCGUCCGGCGGUCACCUCGGGAUGCCUGGCCCGCACGGGGGUUCACCCGGGGCCGGACCCCUGGCAGGCCACGUGCCAAUCCGGCCGACGCCCUUCAGCGCGCUAGCGGCGGCGGCGGCCGCCUGGGGUGGCAUGGCUGGCGGGGGUGUCCCGUGGCCCGGUGCCCGGCAGAUGGCGGGCCCGUUCGGACCGCCCGGCCUGUUCCCCGGCCAGGGUUUCGGUGCCGGUCAACUCGGUGGAGAUAAUGAACCGCCGCGCAUCAAGUGCAACCUGCGGAAGCACAAACCGAACCGGAAGCCACGGACCCCGUUCACCACCCAGCAGCUGCUGUCGCUGGAGAAGAAGUUCCGCGAGAAGCAGUACCUGAGCAUAGCGGAGCGGGCCGAGUUCAGUUCGUCGCUGCGGCUCACGGAGACGCAGGUGAAGAUCUGGUUCCAGAACCGGCGGGCCAAGGCGAAGCGGCUGCAGGAGGCGGAACUGGAGAAGAUCAAGAUGGCGGCGCUGGGGAGGGCUCCCGGGGCGCAGCUGUACAUGGGCUACUUCCACCCGAGCCUGAUGGGGGGCGCGAUGCACCUGGGGUAGAGGACCCCGCCCGGACCCCUAGGCCCGGCUCGGGGCCAACAAUACCAACCUACCAACCAACCAACCAAUCAACCAUUGUGAAUACUAGCAUUUAAGUGUCUCUGUAAACCUCUAAACGACUGUUGCUCCUGAGGUCACCAUCUUCCCCC